AUGAUCAACAAAAUUGCCUCAGAUGUUACGGCUGUGUUGGGUUUUACACCAUCAAAAGACUUUGAUGACUUUAUUGGCAUAGGAGCUCGUAUCAUAGAGAUAAAGUCUAAGUUGAUCCUACAAUCAGAAGAAGUUAAGGUGAUUGGGGUUGUGGGUCCUCCCGGGAUUGGUAAGACGACCAUUGCCAGAGUUUUAUUCAAUCAACUCUCUCCUGGUUUUCCAUUCAGCACGUUCUUGGAGAAUAUAAGAGGAAGUUACGAGAAGCCUUGUGGUAACGACUAUCAGGUCAAGUUGUGUUUGCAAAAAAAAUUGUUGUCUCAAAUAUUCAACCAAAGGGAUAUUGAGGUUCGCCACUUAGGAGUGGCCCAAGAAAUGAUGAGUGACAAAAAAGUGUUGGUUGUUCUUGAUGAAGUGGGUAGCUGGUGGCAACUAGCGGCAACGGCUGACCAGCGUGGAUGGCUCGAUCCCAGAAGUAUAAUUAUUAUUACAACUGAAGAUAAAAAACUUCUCAAGGCACUCGGACUCGGGAUCAAUCAUAUCUACCAGAUGGAAUUUCCAACUUCAAGUGAGUCUCUGCAGAUCUUCUGCCAAUAUGCUUUCGGUCAAACGUCUCCAUAUUACGGUUUUGAAAGCCUUGCUUGGGAAGUUACUAGUCUUUCUGGUGAUCUUCCUCUAGGACUGAGAGUCAUGGGAUCGUAUCUACGAGGAAUGUCCAGGGACUACUGGAUAGACGCACUACCAAGGCUCAGGUCUAGCCUUGACACAGAAAUUGAAUCAACUUUAAGAUUUAGCUACGACGUCCUAAGUGAUAAAGAUAAAGCUCUUUUCCUGCAUAUUGCAUGUUUCUUUGUUGGUUUCGGGGAAGAUUUCAUUAAGAGAUGUCUUGAAAAAAGUGGUUUGGACGUCAACCAUGGGCUUCAAGUCUUAGCUAAUAAAACUCUUAUAUCUAUAGAGAACAGAUACGUAAAAAUGCAUUGUUUACUGCAACAAAUGGGUAGAGAAAUUGUCAAGAAAGAGUCUUCAGAGGAGCCUGGAGAUCGACAAUUCUUGAUGGAUACCAUGGAGAUUUCUGAUGUCCUUGAAGAAGAUACUGAGUUUUUUUUUUACAUCUGCAGUCUUCUGUUUCCUUGGUUUAUAAGGUGA